AUGCAUUCUGCAAAAUACCACGAGAGGGUGACGUCUGGGGAAAUCGCCCCACAGUACGAAGAUAUCCGCUACGCAAGGAACAAAGGUCUUGGCCAGCCCGUGGCGACAAGUCGGCCGUGGUGGAACCCGCGAUACUGGACGCGAAAGAUUUGGAUAGCCGUCGUCGCCGUAGUGGUGAUUGUCGUGGUCGUUAUCAUUGCCGUGGCCGUUACCGUGACCAAGAAGAAUGCCUACCCGGACUAUUCGCCGCUCACAUAUAAUUUGCAAGAUACCUAUGGCGGCCAGAGCUUCUUUGACCAGUUUAAUUACUUUACUGGCUAUGACCCGGCCCACGGUCUGGUACACUACGUCCCGCAAGCAGAUGCCGUCAACCGUAACCUCACCUACGCCACGCAGAACUCGGCCGUGCUCCGCGUCGACACCGCCGUAGGACCCGGCUCCAACCCCGACGCCUCAACCGGCCGCUUCUCCGUGCGCCUCGAGUCCAAGAAGACGUACAACGGCGGCCUCUUCAUCUUCGACGUCAAGCACACCCCCUACGCCUGCGGCGCCUGGCCGGCCCUCUGGCUCACCGACCCGUCAAACUGGCCCGACCACGGCGAAAUCGACAUCAUGGAGGCCAUCAACCAGGGGGCCGCCGGAAACGCCAUGACCCUUCACACCACCGGCGGCUGCUCCAUGGGCGUGAAGCGCAAGCAGACGGGCGAGACGGACCAGGAAAACUGCGACCACGGCGCCAACAACAACGCCGGCUGUGCCGUCAAGGAGAGCCCUUCUACCUUUGGAACCAAGCUCAACGAUGCCGGCGGCACCGUCAUGGCCGUCGAAUGGAGGAGCGCCGGCAUUCGCAUGUGGCAGUUUGCUAGGAGCGCUGUCCCGAGUGACAUUACGGGCAAGAAGCCGAACCCUUCGACUUGGGGGACUGCCGCUGCGGAUUUUCCAAGCACGGACUGCGACAUCGGGUCUCAUUUUAAGAAUAAUUCCAUCAUUGUGAACAUUGACCUAUGUGGAGAUUUGGUCUAUGGGAGCUGGGACAAAUCUGGAUGCUCUGGUACCUGCAAGGAGGUCGUUGCCAAUCAACCCGACUCAUUCAAGACGGCGUUUUGGGAGUUUGGCUCGUUCGAAGUAUACCAGUCGACGUGA